GUGUGUGUGCAGGUCAGAAGCGAGCUCCUAAAAGGGGAGAACAAGGAUGGAAUGAUAACAGGGGAACAGAAAUUAAACAAGACAAAGCUGAAUGGAGACCUUCUUUCAGGGAAUACCGUCCCUAUGAAAAGGAGAGACAAGUGGAAUUCACAGUAGAAAAGCCUGUUGACCGAUUUGACCGGGAAAGACCAAUGAGAGGUCGUGGGGGAGGAAGAGGUGGAAUGCGAAGUCGAGGAAGAGGUGUUGGGAUGAACCGAAGUCUUAAUGGCUAUGACCAAAGAGGAAAACGGGAGUUUGAAAGACAGAGUGGGAGUGAUAAAACAGGAAUCAAAGCAGAAGACAAAAGGAAUGGAAGUGGAGCUCGCAACUGGGGAACAGUUAAAGAUGAUCUGAGUGAGAUGGAACAGCAGACUGCUCCUGUAGAAGAGACUGCAGAAAUAGAGGAUCGCCAAGACGCACCCGAAGGAGAAUCUCUGACUAAAGUUGCUGAAGGGGAGCCAGUGGAAGAAGUAGCUCAAGAAAUGACGUUAGAUGAGUGGAAAAAUCUGCAGCAACAGAAUCGACCCAAGCCUGAAUUCAACAUCCGUAAGCCUGAAUCCACUGUUCCUUCCAAAGCAGUGGUGAUUCACAAGUCAAAGUAUAGAGAUGAUAUGUUAAAGGAGGAUUUCGAGGAUGAUUCUCACAUCUUCCGAAAAGCAGCUAAUGAUAUAACUUCUCAGCUGGAUAUUAACUUUGGAAAUCUUCCUCGUCCUGGGCGUGGAGCCAGAGGAGCACGAGGAGGUCGUGGCCGUGUCAAAAGAGUUGAAGAUGCAGGACCUCGUCCAGAAGUGGUGACACAAAUCGUUGCGCCAAACCCUGAUGACCCUGAGGAUUUUCCUGCUUUAGCAUGAAAGAACUGUCACGAAUGACAGCAUCUCAAAGUAGCUGUGACGAGACCAGUUUUAUGUUGCUGUGGAAAAGGAUCAUCUGAGUAAAGGAAAAACUGAAUUUUUUUUUUCUUGUGUGAAAUGAUUGCACUUCUAUGGUACUGUGGGAAGGGGGUCCAGGAGAUAUCAGUGGACUGGAAUCUUGCUGCAGAUUCUAGCACCUCCUUUUGGGAUAACUGUGUGAAGGCUUAUGGUAUAUACUCAAGGGAUUUCAAUAAAGUUCAAGAGUACAGUGUUUAAAAUGUGUAUAUAGAGAUUAUAUAGAAUUUGCCUUGAGAGCACAGUGAAAUGUAAGCUGUACAACAUGGUCUGCUAUUGGAACUCUGUAGCAAACCCCUGUAGACACUUGAAAGCUGCUUUCCCUGCUCCAUUGAGUGAAAUGUACCUUUGCAGAUUUUAAGCAGUUAUACUGCAAUUUUCAUAAGUUGACAAAUAAAGAAAACUGCUAAUUGGUGUGA